AUGCCGGGUGGCAAGGACGACGCCGGCCGGGGUCAUACCGAGCCAGUCACGCAUCGCAUUGCCGUUUUACAGGAGACCGUUAUAUAUUCCUACCACAUAGUUCAGGCGGUGAUCAUUCGUCUGAGAGGUCACGCUGAGAGGGCUGGACGCCAGCUUACCAAGGUUCGCCAGCAGCUUGACGAGAUUGCAGAGCGCCUCGACGUUCUCGUGCUUGAUUUCAUGCGUCAGCCCAACGUGCCGGGAGACAAAGUCGAUGAAGUUCGCAGAUACCUUGAAACAGCUCGGUCGGGGAUCCUUCGUGUUGAACGUCACAUGUCUGAAGCCAGAGCCCGGCUUGACGUCAUCGAAGAUCGGCUGCACGAUGUUGCGUAUGGCUAUGGCGUUGAUCAUGAUGACACAGACCGUCCUCAUCCUGGUGGCCAAGAUGAUGAGGGCGCAAGAGACCAGCCUGCGACUCAUCAUGAACGUUUGAAGGCCGCUGCUCGCGCCGAAUGCGCAAGGCGUGGUGUCAUCUUGGGCGUUGAUGAGGUUCGCCCGGCUGAAAAACCCGUCAAUGUCCGUCCCCAGACGCUUCCGAUUCAUAUUUUGGGAACCACUCGCGGUCUGGACCAGAUGGAAAGUCGCGUCAAUGCAGCCAAAAGUCGCAUUCAGUUCAUCCAUACCAGACUUACUACCGUGGAAAAGUUUGCCGAAGCUGGCUACUGUCAAGCAGUCGAUCUAGUUGACGAAGCCGUCAACCUGCUUAACCGUGGCGACCUUGAACAUCCCGGUCUCAUCAGGUUUCCAAACAUUGGCGACCUUGAAAACAUUGGCAUCCUUGAAAACAAUGGCAACCGUGAAAACAAUGGCAACGCUGAGAACGAUGGCAACGGUGAGAGCAAUGACGAGUUUAACAUCCAAACCGUCCUCAACAUCCUUGAACGCUUUUUUGAACGAAUGUUGCGAAUUCUCCAUCGCCUCUUGUAA